AUGGCAACAUUUACGGUCCUUGAUCAAGCUGAAGAAGACAAACUCCAUGCGACUCGACUUCUGGGUAUUGAAGAGCGGCCAUACAAACGUGUCUCAAAGCGUCUUCUCGCGCCAAAUACGCCCAUCAACUCUUUUCUCGCUCGAGCGCCUCCUUCAGACGACAGCGCAGAAGCGGCAGGUUCUGCAGAUCAGAACGAGAGUUUCCUCCAAUCUCUCGCUCGCUUCCGCGAAGAUAUAAUCCUCGAUUUUGCGGCCUUUGAGUCCUCCCUCGCGCGCAUCCAAUUCCUCCGCGCCGCAAAUACUCGGGAACGCGAGCGAUAUGCCGCAGAAAAGCUCAAGAUCGAGCAGACCGCCAACGACGUACGCGAGAACCUCGGCCAGUUGAGGGUGCAGCUGGACGAGGCGCAGAAGACUCUCGCUGUACGAAAGACGUAUGACGUGCUAGCGGAGAAGAUUACGAGAGACGAGAAGUUGAAGGUCACGAGGGCGGAGCAGCAUGCCAACAUCGAGAAGCUGAGAUCCGAGAUUGAGGAGUUAGAGCGCGAGAGUGGAGAGUUGAAGUCCGCCUGGGCCGAAAGGAGGGAGCAGCUGCAGAACGUUGUGGGCGAAGGAAUGAGGCUACGAAGGAUAAUACGAGACGAAAAGGAGCCCGACGCAGAGACCGACAAUCACGCAGAAGAAGAUGGAGAGGACGGUGAGAGGGAGAGAGACGGCCUGUCCAAUAUGGGUACACCCAGACCCAUGGAUGAUGCGCCCACACCACGGCCCUCUGGACUCAGAGGUAGCGGUGCACAGACUCCCGGGUCGCAUGUUCCAGAAGGCGCCACACCCAGGCGCACCAGGGAUGAGGAUGUCGAUAUGGACACAGGUGCGGUGGAGGCGGUACCAACGGAGAAUGUCGUGGCUGCAGGUGAUAUCGACAAACCGGUAAAUGAGCACACAGACAACAUGGACAUCAGCUGA